AAAACAUUCGAAGUCGUCACAUCGUGUAGCGUUCGGGAGAUGGGUGUCAUAAUACAAUAAUAAUCUGUUUCCUUCGGUGGCAGACUAUCACGAUUAGCUUGUCGUGUCUAUUUUCCAGUGUACGUGUGGAAUUCAUUAACUCAAAAUCAAUGCAAAACUAGUGUAAACGCAUCGCUCACAAACGGGGCUGCGAACGAAGCUUGCUCGAGGCUGGAUUAAUUUGUAUUUUCCGAAAAAGACAUUCAGAUGGAUUUCGAUUGCCAGUUGUAUUAGCAAGAUAAUAACAAUAAACCGGACAAGCGUACGCGAUAAAGACGAAUAUACUAGUCAGCACUAAGUAUUCAUGUACACGUUCGAAAAGCCCUAGUUGAUAUCGAACCGUGAGAAUCUAGAGUACAUGAGAAAGCUUUGUUUGAAACAGACGAAGCAGUAGAACACAAUGCCCAACGCAGUUCACAAUCAUCCUAUUCGCAAAAGAAAGUUGACAGAAAAAUUCAAACGAGUGAAAGUGUUAAACAUAAUUAAGCUUGCCACCAUGGAUAAAAUGAAGCAAAACGAGAACGGCGUUGGUGACGGGGGUGGUGGUGGCGGUGGAGGAGGUUCCGAAAGAGGAGGCGGUAGCAGCUCAAUGGGUUGUGACGAGUUUCAUAGCGAAUUUUACAACACAGGUCGCAUUGGUCGGCGCAACGCGCUGCCGGACAUAUUAGGAACACACUGCACAACCACCACAGCCGAUCUGUCUACGCAAAUGGGAGCACUCACUACCUCCGAUUGUCCCGAGAAAGCCACCAGCACUGGAAGCACGAUGAUGACAAACAGCACAAAAUCUUCAUCCAACAGCGGAUCUUAAGAUUUAUUCCUAGACGUUCUUCGUGUUUCGAAAUUCCGCCGACCCUUGAGACGGAUGAAUUUUGUUCGAUCUAGAAAAACCAUCAAAAACAUCACUGACUAAAAUUUAGAUGUGAUUUUGUUUCGUGAGUAUUAGUUUGUAUCGUUCAACGAAAGUAGAUUAGUUUUAAUUCUCGAGUAAUCAAUGCAGCUAGUUAUUGUUUUCCGAAGCGCAAACUGACUGACAAAGCUUCGUAGCGAACCAGAGAAAAACGACACAUUGAAUAGGCCACCAAUCCAGUAUUUUUGAUUUUCUUGGAGAGGCUUGUAUUAUAUUCAACCAAGAAUAUUCAGAUUUUGGCGUACGAAACUUUGGCACCAUAUUAUUUUAAGAUUUAGACGUGAAGGAGAAUAGUGUUGUUAGUAGAAAGUGAAUCACAAUAGUAUAUUAAACAUAAAUGUGAACGCCUUCAACAAUUUUCUGCUGCGAAAUGUACUAGUGAAGUUCGUAAACUUAAUUUAAAUCAUCGGAUCACAAAAGCGAUGAAGGAGAUUCAUUAAUCUGUAUUGCAACCCAAUACUAUUUUAUUUCGAUAGGAGACGACAUGCAUGAACUUUGAGUACGCUGUUUCUGUCGCGUUCGAAUUAAAGCUUAUCUGUAUUCUUAAGUACAAAUUAGUUCGGUUAUUAUUUAAAUGAAAAUGUUUCAUUUCAAUUACCAUAGUGCGGAUAAGUGCUUUGUAAUGCAGAAAUAUUCAUUGAAAGUAAUUUUCCUAGUUCUAGAUUCUAUCAUUUCCAUUUUCUUUGUGUAUUAUCUUAGUUUUCUAGGGAUCAAACUUAAUAAGCUACGUUGAAUACGAAAUGUGAUAAUCUCAUUAUGUAACAUAUUUUAAAUGGCACACCACAAGGAUUAUUGAAGAUAGUUUUUCCUUCGAUCAACCAAAGCUUAAAAUUCAGUGAUUUUUUCUCAAAAUACCAGUGGAAGGAUCUGGUCAUAUUGACCAAUUAUGCUUUGUUGCAUCUUAGUUUCUAUUAUUUUUAUUAGUAUUCUAUGAUUAGGUCUAUUAUGUUUCUUCAAUAAUUUGUUCGGAAGUACUUCGCGAAACAAACAAAAAAUGUUUUUCAUAUAUAGAA